AUAUACAUUCCUUAAAUAUAUCUCUAUUGAUAAUCUUAAUCUCUUUAUACACCAUUGACAAUGCGUGGUUUAACUUUAUUUAUUGCCGACAUUCGAAACUGUCGUGUACGUGAAUUGGAAGAGAAAAGAAUCAACAAAGAAAUGGCAAAUAUUCGGUCAAAAUUCAAAGAGGGCAAUUUGAAUGGAUAUCAAAAAAAGAAAUAUGUAUGCAAACUUUUGUACAUGUAUAUUCUUGGUUGGGAUAUUGACUUUGGUCACUUGGAAGCUGUCAAUCUCAUCUCUAGUCAAGUGUAUAGUGAAAAGCAAAUUGGUUAUUUGGCGGUGACUCUACUUUUCCAUGAAAAUAGUGAUCUUGUUCGUUUGGUGGUCAAUUCAACAAAAAAAGAUUUGGAUGAUAUGAAUGAAAUCAACAAUUGUCUCGCUUUACAUGCUAUAGCAAACAUUGGAGGUCGUGAAAUGGCAGAAUCUUUAGCCAAUGAUGUACAUCGAUUACUUAUCUCACCAACAUCCAAAAGUUUUGUCAAAAAGAAGGCCGCAUUGACAUUGUUACGUUUGUUCCGAAAAUAUCCUGAUGUUAUUCCUGUUACUGAUUGGGCUGAACGUAUUAUCAAUUUGAUGGAUGAAUAUGAUUUGGGUGUGGCUUUAUCUGUUACAACUUUGGUGCUUGUCCUUGCUCAAACAUUUCCUAUUGAAUAUGCCAAUUGUUAUGGAAAGGCUGUGAACCGUUUGAAAAGAAUUUUGGUGGAUCGUGAUUACAGUUUGGAUUAUAUUUAUUAUAAGGUUCCCACUCCUUGGUUACAAGUCAAAUGCUUACGUCUUUUACAAUACUAUCCUCCUCCUGAUGACCCAAAGUUACGUAGCGAUAUCAGUGAACUUUUACAAAUCAUCAUCACCAAUUCUCAAGAUGCACCAAAGAAUGUCCAACAUAGUAAUGCUCAAAAUGCUGUCUUAUUUGAAGCCAUCAACCUCGCCAUUCACCUCGACAGUAACUCCACUAUUUGCGCUCAAGCUGCUCAACUACUAGGCAGAUUCAUUUCUAGUAAAGAAACAAACGUACGAUACCUGGGAUUGGAAACGAUGGCUCAUCUUGCUGCGUGUGUGGAUUCAUUGGCACCUAUCAAACGACAUCAAGAAACUAUCCUUAUGUCUCUUCGGGAUAAAGAUAUUAGUGUUCGUCGUCGUGGUCUUGAUUUAUUGUACUCUAUGUGUGAUACAUCCAACGCCAAAGUCAUUGUCUCUGAACUAUUAAGAUAUCUACAAGUAGCCGACUAUGCUAUGCGAGAAGAAAUGGUACUCAAGAUUGCCAUCUUGGCAGAAAAGUUUGCAACAGCUUACUCUUGGUAUGUGGAUAUCAUUCUUCAACUGAUCUCAACUGCUGGUGAACAAGUGGGUGAAGAAGUGUGGUAUCGUGUUGUACAAAUUGUUACUAAUAAUGAAGAACUUCAAGAAUAUGCAGCAAAAACAGUUCUCAAUUAUCUUGGUUCCCCUCAAUACAAUGAAACUAUGGUCAAAGUAGGUGCCUAUAUUCUCGGUGAAUUUGGUCACUUGAUUGCAAACUAUCCUGGAUGUUCACCGAUCGAACAAUUCAAUGCAGUUCAUUCAAAAUUCAAUCUUUGCUCUCUCCAAACUCGUGCGUUGAUGCUUACCACUUAUGUCAAGUUUGUCAAUCUCUUUCCUGAAAUCAAAGGUCAAGUACUGAACGUCUUCAAUCAAUAUCGCUAUGUGCUUGAUUCGGAAUUGCAACAACGUGCUUGUGAAUAUCUCUCCAUUUCUACCAUGCCAACUGAUGAUAUGCUUCAAACAGUAUGUGAAGAAAUGCCACCCUUCCCUGAACGUGAAUCAACAUUACUUCUUAAGCUCAACCAAAAACAUGGCGAUACUGAAGAUAAACGUGUAUGGGUGAUUGGCGGAAAAGAGGCGAAUGCUGAACAACAGGAUGGAUUGAAACGAAUCGCAACACUCAGAGCCAAUUCUUAUAGCGAAGCCAGUCCUCGACAGCAAAUCACAGCAGGUCCUAAGCAUAGCAACAGUAUAUCCAUCCCAGCAACCACAUCAUCAUCAUCAGGGUCUCAUGAUUUACUUGGAUUAGACGAUCUUACUUUACAAGACUCAACUCCUGCAAAAGCACUACCAACCAAUAUUCCCUUGGCCCCUGGAUACGAAUUAGGAUACAAUCGAUUAUUAUAUACAACUGAAGGAGUGCUUUACGAAGACAAUCAAGCGCAGGUCUCGGUGAAAAGUGAAUAUCAUGGUGCACAAGGACGUUUAGCAAUAUACAUCAGCAACAAGUUGUCAUUCCCAAUGUCCCAAAUAUCAGUACAAACUUCGGAUCAUGCAUCUUUUCAAGUGAAUGUAGCGGCACCUCAUCAACAUACGAUCGCACCCGGAGCACAAAUACAACGACUCAUUCAAAUCGAAUGUAUGGAUAUCUUUAUGGAACCUCCAUCCCUGUUUAUUGGAUUCAAUGGUCAAACAUUACAUCUCAAGUUACCCGUGGCUCUACCCAAAUUCCAAGAACCUGUGGAAAUGGAUGGUCCAAGUUUCUUCAAAAGAUGGAAUCAAAUCGGAGGCCCUCCACGUGAAAGUCAAGCUAUAUUUUCUAGUCAAGUGUCCAUCAAGUUGGAUCAAGUGAGCAAUAUCUUGCGUGGAUUCCGAUUUGGUUUGUUACAAGGUGUAGAUCCAAAUGCAAAUAAUUUCGUUGGUGUGGGUGUUAUCAAUGCUGGUUCCAAAGGUGGCAAGAUCGGUGCUUUGUUAAGAUUGGAACCCAAUUUGGAAGAAAAUAUGUAUCGAUUGACAAUACGUACUCCCAGUGAAACUGUGUCGGACCAUCUACGAUCUUUACUUCAACUGCCUUUGACAACCGGUCAAUAAUUCGUUUCUUUUUU